GUACCAGUAAAUAUUUUGAGUAGUAAACUUGGUAAGGUAGAUGGGUAGGCUGGUACGUAGGCAGGCAGAUAGGUAUUUUGAUUUAAAUAACACGAGUGUGAACCCCCAAUGCUUGACAGUUUCUUGCUCUUUGAUCGACACGCUCCUUGUCACCCUCCAGCCGCACCUCCAGGUUCCCGUCCUUUGACUGUUCGCCUCUCGUCCAAUCACCAUGCGUACUCCCACCCUCGUCCUUGCGCUCGCUCCCGCAGCGGCCUUUGGCCAGGCUGCUCUUUGGGCCCAAUGUGGCGGUCAAGGAUGGACUGGUGCGACUACUUGCGUCUCCGGUGCCGUGUGCGAAAGGCAGAGUGAAUGGUACUCGCAGUGUGUUCCCAGCAGCGGUGGAGGCAACCCGGCUCCCCAGCCGACCCAGCCGAGCAACCCAGGCGGCGGCAACUCUGGCUCUGGUCUUCACGCCAAGUUCAAGAACAAGGGAAAGCAGUACUUUGGCACUUCGAUGGACCACUACGACCUCAACAAGGCUCAAUUGACAAACAUUGUCAAGGCUCAGUUUGGUCAAAUCACCAACGAGAACAGCAUGAAGUGGGAUGCCAUUGAGCCCUCGCGCAACUCCUUCUCAUGGACCAACGCCGACGCCGUCGUCAACUUCGCCACCGCCAACGGCAAGCUCAUGCGUGGUCACACCCUCCUCUGGCACUCUCAGCUGCCAUCGUGGGUCAGCAACAUCAACGACCGCAACACGCUCACCCAGGUGAUCCAGAACCACGUCACCGCCAUGGUGACGCGCUACAAGGGCAAGAUCCUGCAGUGGGAUGUCGUCAAUGAGAUCUUUGCCGAGGACGGCAGCCUGCGCAGCAGCGUCUUCAGCCGCGUGCUCGGCGAGGACUUUGUCGGCAUCGCCUUCCGCGCCGCACGCGCCGCCGACCCCAACGCCAAGCUCUACAUCAACGACUACAACCUCGACAUUGCAAACUACGCCAAGGUCACCAGGGGCAUGGUCGAGAAGGUCAACAAGUGGGUGUCCCAGGGCAUUCCCAUCGACGGCAUCGGUUCCCAGGCCCACCUCGCCGCGCCCGGUGGCUGGAAUCCGGCCUCGGGUGUCCCUGCUGCCCUCAGAGCCCUGGCUGCUGCCAACGUCAAAGAGAUUGCCAUCACCGAGCUUGACAUUGCUGGAGCUUCGGCCAACGACUACGUCACCGUCGUGAACGCCUGUCUGCAGAUCUCCAAGUGUGUCGGUAUUACCGUUUGGGGUGUUUCCGACGCUAUUAGCUGGCGUCCCAACGACAACCCGCUUCUGUACGACCGCAACUACCAGCCCAAGGCCGCAUACACCGCUGUUAUGAACGCUUUGUAAACAAGGACUACAUAGGACUGUCGUUUCAUCUCUUUCGUUUCGUUCUGUAUCUUGCAUGCGGAACUAUCCAGGGUCUCGCAACCCUGGAUGCCGCCCUUUCAGUCAUUAUAUAUGGACAAUCUGAUCCCUAGGGACGGUGUACACUAGCUAGUUUGAUGCAUGUUGUGAACAAAUUCAAACGUAUCUAUAGUAUAUCACAUCAAAACAUGUGACAACAUUAGUUUAGUCUCGCGUCAAUAUAAGGCAUGGCUUCUGACGUCUG